AUGUUGCAGUGCCACGUGCCGGAGCGCGCACCCCGGCACCGGGCCCGCGGCCGCUUAAUAUUUCAGCGCCGCCGCAAGCUGUCGUGGCUGGGCCGCCGCGCUGUUGACUCUACAGAGCAGCCGCGCCGCGUCUGCAAAUAUUUUGUCCGCCGCAGCCUCGCCGGGCGGCGCGCAGCCCACGAGAAGCAGAAGCUACUCGAUACGUACACCGGUCAGCUUAACUCGAGGUUCAGCCCCACUGCCAUCGAGGCUUUUUACGACGUCGAUGCGGGCUUAGCUCAUUUACUUGCAAGCAAUUUCGACGAAUCUAUAAAGUACUUUUCCGAAGCUGUUGAGGUGCUGGAAGAAAGAAUUAAAAUACUGGAGCAAAGAAAGGACAGUGGCAGUGAAGUGGCGGAAGAAUCCAAAUCUGAUGCAUUUUAUACUAUAGACGGUGAAAUCACAGAAAUAAAGGCUUUAUUGCCUGAGAUUAAAGACAAAAUUCAGGAUAUGAAAGACUUCAAAAACGAAACAUUGAAGGCGAUGUUUGAGAAGCGCUGUGAAGAUCAGCAGGGAAGUCCUGGUCAGGCUGGUACUUCAUCUGCAUCGUUAUCAACAUCAGCUUCAUCCACUGAAUCAAAGCCGGUGUCCAAUAUCACCCAUUUAGUGUGGAAGAAGCGUAAGUUGGACUUGGAUAUGUCAGAUAGUAAAUGGAGUAAAACAGAACCUGAGCAAGAUCUAGUGUAAUCUACGUUAAUUUGAAGAGACACCAAUCCCUGUUAUUGCCAUAGCGAGUAGAGGACUGUACAUCACGUAAUGCACAAAACGAAAUCAGCA